GUCUCCCACAGAUUUUUCGGUCACCUCUGGUCUAAGAUUGGAGGUUGUCGCCAACGCACACUAAUUUAAUUUUUAUCCUCUCCAACACACUCACAAAAUCACAAUGGGUUUCGGUGCUCCUCGAGGAGGUAGUCGUGGUGGUUUCGGUGCUCGCGGCGGUGGCCGUGGUGGUCCUCGUGGUGGUGGUGCCGGGCGCGGUGGUAGAGGCGGCGGUGCUCCUCGCGGUCGUGGUGCUCCCCGGGGCGGCGGUCGUGGUCGCGGAGCUCCUCGUGGCCGUGGUGGUGCUCGCGGCGGUGCUCGUGGUGCCCAGGGUGGUGCCAAGGUCAUCAUUGAACCCCACCGUCACGCCGGUGUGUUCGUUGCCCGCGGCGGCAAGGAGGAUCUGCUGGUGACCAAGAACCUGACGCCCGGCGAGGCUGUCUACGGCGAGAAGCGCAUCUCGGUGGACUCGCCGGCCAACGAGGACGGAACGGUUUCCAAGACCGAGUACCGCGUGUGGAACCCCUUCCGCUCCAAGCUGGCGGCCGGUAUUCUGGGUGGUCUGGAUGACAUCUACAUGCGCCCUGGGUCCAAGGUGCUGUACCUGGGUGCUGCCAGCGGUACCUCGGUCAGUCACGUUGCCGACAUCGUCGGCCCGACGGGCAACGUGUACGCGGUCGAGUUCUCGCACCGUUCCGGCCGUGAUCUGAUCGGCAUGGCCACCCACCGCACCAACGUGAUCCCCAUCGUCGAGGACGCCCGCCACCCGCUGCGCUACCGCAUGCUCGUCCCCAUGGUGGACGUCAUCUUCGCUGACGUUGCCCAGCCCGACCAGGCCCGUAUUGUCGGCCUCAACGCCCACAUGUUCCUCAAGGCGGACGGCGGCGUCAUCAUCUCCGUCAAGGCCUCCUGUAUCGAUUCCACCGCCAAGCCCGAGGUCGUCUUCGCUCGUGAGGUCCAGAAGAUGCGCGAGGAGCGCAUCAAGCCCAAGGAACAGCUCACCCUCGAGCCCUUCGAGCGUGAUCACUGUAUAGUGGCUGGUCUCUACAAGCGUUCGGAGUAAUCUUCUUUCUCUCUUCAAAUUUUUCUUCCUAUCUUGCUCCGUUUUUUUUUUUUUUUUUCUUUCCUCUGGCGUUGUGUGCUCGACUUAUAUGAUGUUCUGCUGAAUCUGUGCAUAUGUAUUCUGUAUUGUAAAGAAUCCUGGCAAGACUGGAUAAUAACAAUCAAUACCCACGGCACAUUUACAAUCGGACUUGCGCCGCCCCGCUGCUCAACCGCGGGUUUGUACCCGGAUUUCUCACCGAGUUGCUCACCAAGCCUCACCUCGGACAUAAAACUGGUUCAACUUGGAUUUCUCGUAUGGAGCCUGGUGGUUAUUCUGUGUAUUACCUACUGGUUACGAGGAUACUCAGGA